AUGGAAUUUUAUGAAAUAGUCAAAUCGAUCGGCUCUGGUUCAUUUGGUUAGGUGUAUUUGGCUAGAAAUAAAAGAGAAGAUCGACUUUAUGUUAUUAAGCGAAUCAAAAUCAGAGACAUGAGUUAGAAGGAUCGUGAGAAUACUGAAAAUGAAGUCAGAUUACUAUAGAAAUUGAGACAUCCAAACAUUGUAGCUUACAAGGAUUCAUAUUUAGAUAGAGAACAAUAUUUAAACAUAGUAAUGAUACAUUGCGAAGGUGGAGACAUCUAUUAAAAGAUUCGAAACAAGAAAAGUUUCCCUGAAUCUCAAAUUUUGGAUUGGUUUGCACAAAUGACAUUGGCCUUAUGUUACUUACAUGAACAAAAGAUAUUACAUAGAGAUUUGAAGACAUAAAAUAUAUUUCUGAAAAAUGGCAGAGUUAGAUUAGGAGAUUUCGGAAUUGCUAAAGUGCUUGACUCAACUCGUGAUUUAGCUAACACUUGCAUAGGAACUCCCUACUAUAUGAGUCCAGAGUUAUUUAAAUAUAAACCAUAUUCAUAUAAAAGUGAUGUAUGGGCACUUGGAUGUUGUCUCUAUGAAAUGUGUAAUCUGAGACACGCCUUUGAUGCAUAAUCAAUGAAUGGAUUGGCAUUGAAAAUAUUAAAAGGUUCAUAUUCAUCCAUCAGUCCAACCUAUUCGAAGGCAUUGAGAGAUCUUAUAAACAAAAUGCUUAAUACAAAUCCAAAGGCUAGACCGACCAUCUAGGAAAUAGUUCAUAAGCCAAUCAUCAAAUUAAGGAUUAUUUAUUACAUGCUUGAAGUUUUUAGUGAACCACAAUCAGCUGAUUUAGAUGAUAUGUAUGUGGAUACAUUAUACGAAUAGGCUGAAUAAAUUGGAGUCCUACCACUUAUUUAACACUAUCAAAAAUAAAUGGCUUAAGGUGCCACUAUUGCUGAUAUUAAAAAUGAGUUAGAGAAAGGAGGUAGAGCAGAAUAAAGAAUGCUUAUUUAAAUUUAAGAAUAAGAAGCAUUGAAAUUGAAGUAGUUGAAAAAAGAAUAAAUUGAGAAAAAGAAAUUGGAAGAUGAAAUUAAAAGGUUAGAAUAAAAGAAGUAAUAAAAACUUCCUACUCAAAAUACUAAAUAUACUGAAACUAAUCCAAAUACUAAAGCAACAACAGAAAACAUCACCAAUAAAUCAGAAAAUACUUAAAAAACAGAUGCCCAAUAAAGACCUGACUAUCUUAGAGUGAAUUAAAGGAAGGUAUCUUUGGAAAGGGAUAGAAGACCCAAUGAGAUAAGACAAAAAUAAAAAGAAAGAAGUUUAUCCCUUGAAAAAGAUAGACUGAGGGAUGAUAGUACUAUUAGUGCUAAAGAAAGGGUUAUUCAGAAGAAGCAAAAAAGGGAUGAAGAAAAAACUAUUUAAGAAGAGAAGGAAAGAUAAUAAAUUUAUAAGGAAAGCUAUUAAAAUAGAAAAUUAGCUUAAGAAAGGAAAUAGGCAUAGUAUCGUCAAUCUAAGGAUAGCUCUUUAAAGGUUCAGGAAGAAUUCUAUGAUUCUGAAGACAGUGAGGGAGUCAUGGCUAUUUAGGAAAUCGAAAAUGAAGAAGAGUAUGAAGAGGAAGUGGAUGUUGAUUAAAGGCUCGAUUUAAUGAAGACCAAACUUAAAGAUAAGACUUUGAAAAUACAAGAGAUUAGUUAGUCGCUUUAACAAAAUAGACAGGUGUAAAACAUGCAAAUCAAAGCUUUAGAAACUGGACAAGUCAUUCCAUUAGUUGAAGAGGAAUUAGAGAAUGAAGACCUGGAUGAUGAAGAUUAAGGAGAUGAUGUUGGACUUGAUCAGGAUGAAAUAAAACCAAUUAAUUCUAUUGUUGCUCGAAUUUAAGAUAGAAUUAAACUAUUAAGACAUAGAUGUGAAGGUGGAUUAGGUAACAAUCUUGUUGAAAAAGCAUUGCAAUUAAUGAAGACUAAAUAGCUUUCUACUCAAGAAUUAAGAAAACAACUCGUAUAGUUAUUGGGAGAGGAAAACAUAGGCUAUUGGCAACUCUUUGACUAAAUUUUAUAUAUGGAGGAACUCCUCACAAAAUAUUGA